AGGGCACUAAAAUUAUUACUGUUGUUGUUGUUGUUAUUUUUUCGCCAAAUGUAGGAUAUUUUCAUAAAGUCCAGCCGAAUGCUUUCAUAACUACAUAUACAGCGUGGUGAGCUUUACUCUACUGGAAACACUGAUCCAGAAACUUUUUCUCCCGGGAACUGGGGGUCAUCCUGAAAACGAUGCCAAGCCCUUCGAAUCCACGAUGUUCUAGCAAAUUCUGAGCAGGAUUCCGAGCUUUCUACUUUCUAGUGCGGCAGAAAACCAGAAUUCCUGGACGGAACCCUUAUUGCCAAACUGUGCUUCCACUGUGGAAGGGUAGGAAAUAAGGAGCUGGAAUGGGGUUUUGGAUGGCUGAACCAGCAGUCGAAGAUCAGGAAGAGUGAUCCUUGACCAUCUGGCCAUAUUCAAUCCUAUAUGGAGGUUUUCCCUAACACAUUUUCAGAUCAAAUUUUUAAUGACAUAUAUUACAUCUGGAAAAGUGCUAAGGGUAUUGCUCUACAUUUGCUGGAUGGCUGAGAGUGGUGUAAAACAACCAUUGUUAACUGAAUCACUUGAUGUUGCGCCAAAAACCAACCAAAAACUUAAUUACAGAAGAAGAUUCCGCCGAUGCAAAAGUGCACCACUAGCAGAAUUUACCCCUGGAGAAUUGAAUGGAAAGGAUGGCUCACUUCCUCGCUCUGAAUCCAUCUUCAAUAAACUCCAUCCAAGUAUAAGGAAGGUUGCCAUUUACUUAUUCUUGUACCUGGCUGUAGGCGCCAUCUGCUUUUAUAUUGUUAGGCACCAGAUUGCAGGAGAAAGGACUGAUGGAGUUCUUGAUUCGGUUUACUUUUGCAUUGUGACAAUGACCACUGUGGGAUAUGGAGACCUUGUGCCUAACAGUGUAGCUACGAAACUGCUAGCCUGUGUUUUUGUAUUCUCAGGGAUGGCAUUAGUUGGUCUGAUGCUGAGCAGAGGAGCAGAUUACUUAGUAGAGAAGCAGGAGGCAUUGUUGGUUAAAGCAUUGAAUUUACGCCCAAAAGUUGGACCAACAGAAACGACGGAGGAGAUUGAAACACGCAAGGUCAGCUACAAGUGUGCAACUGUAUUUAUCUUUUUGCUGGUGUUGAUAGUAGUUGGGACAGCCUUCCUGACCAUAGUUGAGAAACUAGACAUUGUUGAUGCCUUUUACUGCGUCUGCUCCACCAUCACAACCCUUGGUUACGGGGAUAAAAGUUUCUCGACCAAGGCUGGGCGUAUUUUUGCAAUUUUUUGGAUUUUGACAAGUACACUUUGUUUGGCUCAAUUUUUCCUUUAUGUUGCUGAGCUGAACACUGAGAAGAGACAGAAGGAACUGGUUAGAUGGGUCCUUACUAAGCCGAUGACCAACGUGGAUCUUGAAGCUGCUGAUCUUGAUGAUAAUGGUAUAGUUGGUGCUGCUGAGUUUGUCAUAUACAAGCUCAAAGAGAUGGGAAAGAUCAGCCAAGAAGAUAUCUCAGUUGUGCUGGAAGAAUUUGAAUAUCUUGACGUUGAUCAGUCUGGAACUUUGUCAACCUCUGAUAUAUCCCUCGCCCAAUCAUCUUAAACUGCGAUGUGAUUACCUUAUCUUUAAAAAAAAAAAAAAAAUAGUGAUGAUAUCCUUUCUGCUAGUUGCUUGUCGUCAUAUAGAAAUUCUUCUUUGUUGUCUACCAUGCUUCACGCAGAAGCAUGCUCCUUUCAACUUGUCAUGAAUGUAAAUGAACUUGAUGUUCUUGUCUCAGAACUGUGGGAUGAUGGCACAAGUUCUUUCUUCAUGAUGAGUAUUUAGAAAAAGUUAGCCAAUUCAGUCACUGGACGCGUUAACAUCUCCUGUAGGGGCUUCCAAGAUUGUCAGUUUGUUCUAUGUUCAAUUGCAGUCCCAUUAAAGAUA